AUGAUGCUAACUCAUGGAGCAACUUGUAUCUUUCCAUCAAAAGUAUUCAAUACAAAGAAAGUUUUAGCCGCUGUACAAGAUGAAAAGUGUAAUUCUUUGUAUGGGGUUCCAACAAUGUUCAUUGAUUUGUUGAGAGAAGCUGAUUUCAAUAAAUAUGAUUUGACAUCAUUGUAUACUGGCAUUAUGGGUGCAACAUCAUGUCCUAUUCCCACACUGGAAGAUGUAAUUACAAAAAUGCACCUGAAAAAAAUUGUUGUGUGUUAUGGAAGCACAGAAACAAGCCCUGUGACAUUUCAAGGGUUAAUGGAUGAUUCUAUAGAGAAAAGAUGUUCAACUAUUGGCCUGCCUUCAUGCCAUAAUGAGGUUAAAAUAGUAAAUGAAAAUGAUGAAAUUGUCCCCAUUGGUGAACCGGGUGAAAUUUGUACCCGAGGCUAUACAACAAUGCUUGGAUACUGGAACGACCCUGAAAAAACUGCAGAAGUCAUUUCCCAGACAAGAUGGUAUCAUAGUGGAGAUAUGGCUGUAAUGGAUGAUGAUGGUUAUUGUAAAAUUAUAGGAAGGUACAAGGAUAUGAUAAUCCGGGGUGGAGAAAAUAUCUACCCAACUGAAAUUGAGAAUUUAUUAUAUAAGCUUCCAAACAUAAGAGAGGUUCAGGUUGUUGGCGUACCUGAUGCCAGAUUGGGAGAGGAGGUUUGUGCCUGUAUACAAAUCAGUGAGGGAAAAGAAUGUACUGAGCAGGAAGUGAAAGACUAUUGUCUGCAGAAUCUCUCCAAAUAUAAACAGCCACGAUAUGUUAUUUUCAUGGAUUCCUUUCCUCUUACACCAACUGGCAAAUUUCAAAAAUUCAAAAUUCGGAAGAUGGCCAGAGAAAUCUUGAAGUUGGAUGAAACUACAAAUCAAUAUUCAAACUGA